AUGGCGGAGAGCCCGGCGGCCGAGGACGCGGCCCCGGCCCCGGCCGCGGUGCUGGCGGCGGGCGGCGGCGGCAGCGGCUCCCCGAGCGCCGCCGGCUCCGCGGGCACCCCCGGCGUGUUCAUCCCCGCCGAGCUCUGGGCGGCCGCGGGCUUCGGCGCGGCCGCGGCUCCCGGCACCGGCGUGGCCCCCGGUAGCGGCGGCGCCCCGAUGGCGGCGGCGGCGGCGGGGGCCGCGCUCCUCACGCACUCCGCCUUCUGGGACCCCACGGUCAGCGGCGACUGGGACAGCGAGCGGCCCAGCCCGGCCUGCCUGCUGCGGAUCAAACGGGAUAUCAUGUCCAUCUACAAGGAGCCGCCCCCGGGGAUGUUCGUGGUGCCCGACCCCCACGACAUGACCAAGAUCCACGCGCUGAUCACGGGCCCCUUCGACACCCCGUACGAGGGCGGCUUCUUCCUGUUCCUGUUCCGCUGCCCGCCCGACUACCCCAUCCACCCGCCCCGCGUCAAGCUCAUGACCACGGGCAACAACACCGUCAGGUUCAACCCCAACUUCUACCGCAACGGCAAGGUCUGCCUCAGCAUCCUGGGCACGUGGACAGGCCCGGCCUGGAGCCCGGCGCAGAGCAUCUCGUCGGUGCUGAUCUCCAUCCAGUCGCUGAUGACAGAGAACCCGUACCACAACGAGCCCGGCUUCGAGCAGGAGCGGCACCCCGGGGACAGCAAGAACUACAACGAGUGCAUCCGGCACGAGACCAUCCGCGUGGCCGUGUGUGACAUGCUGGAGGGAAAGUGCCCCUGCCCCGAGCCCCUGCGGGGCGUCAUGGAGAAAUCCUUCAUGGAGUACCUGGACUUCUACGAGGGCGUCUGCAAGGAGAGGCUGCACCUGCAGGGCCAGACCAUGCAGGACCCGUUCGGGGAGAAGCGCGGCCACUUCGAUUACCAGGCGCUGCUGGGGCGGCUGCAGGCGCUGCGGGCGCGGCUGCAGGAGCGGCAGCAGCAGCAGGACAGCGCCGACAUGGACUCGGAGAGCAGCUCCUCGGAGGCCGAGCCCGAGCCCCCGGGCUGCCCCCGCGCCUAGCGCGGCCCGGCCCGGCCCGGGACUGCGGCACAGCCGGGCCGGGGCGGGAGAGCCGCGCCCGCGCCUCCUCCUCCUCCUCCUCCUCCUCCUCCUCCUCCUCCUCCUCAUCCCCGCCUUCGUCCCCGCCUCCAUCCGCCCCGAGGAGAAUUCCCAAAACAGAGACAGAGCCCAGCUCGGGACAGGCUCCUCUCGGACAAAGGCAGACCAAAGAUAGAGGAAUUCUCCCUGCUGGAAUCUGGGGCUCCCUCCCCAGAGCUCUGCUCCAGCCCUGCAGGGGCCCCUUUGGAGACUUCAUGGGAACUGCAGGAAUCCAUGGAUUUGUGCGCCCUGGAGGUUUGGGCAAAGGGAGGAUGAGAUCAGGUUGUUGUUUGCGUGAUGUUGAAUUCAGCCUUUUUUGGGAGGGGUUCUCUCCUGCUGGAGCCGUGCUGGAAUUCUCUGCUUCCCCCCUGGGGCCGGUGUCACCUGCAGUGUCCCCUGCUGUCCCCUCGCUGCCUGCGCCGCCCCAACACGCGGGGACGAUUCCAGCUGGGCUCUGGGACAGACAGACUCGCUCCUUUGCCAAACCUUGUGAGAUUCUGCCGGUUUUGGGGCUGCCGAGAGCCCCUUUUUGGGAGAUGUGUGCUGUGGGUGGCACGGGGAGGUGGCAGUGGCAGUGCCACCCUUCCCCAGCCCGGCCUGGAGGUGACAGUUGCCACCGGAGCGGGAGCUCAAGGCUUCACUUUUCAUUGUAGGGACACGAAAUUGCACAAAAUCCCGCCCAAAACCCUGCCCAAAAUCCACCAAAUUCUGCCCAAAAUCCUGCCCAAAAUCCACCAAAUCCUGCCCAAAAUCCUGCCCAAAAUCCACCAAAUCCUGCCCAAAAUCCCGCCCAAAAUCCACCAAAUCCUGCCCAAAAUCCCGCCCAAAAUCCACCAAACCCUGCCCAAAAUCCUGCCCUGCCCCAUCCCCUCCACACCAGUUGGGCCCAGUUUGGAUCCUGCUGGUGCUGGGAGAAGUUCCCAGCCUGGAUCCUCAUCCCGAGGGGCAGCAGGAGCCCAAAUCCCACAAAUCCCCCGGGAGGAUUCGGGAUUGCAGCAGCAGCAGGAAGGUGGGAAAGGGGGAAUUUUCCUGGCUGGAAAUGGGGAAUUUUCCUGGUGGGAAAUGGGGAAUUUUCCUGGUGGGAAAUGAGGAAUUUUCCUGGCUGGAAAUGGGGAAUUUUCCUGGCUGGAAAUGGGGGAUUUUCUGGUGGAAAAUGGGGAAUUUUCUGGUUGGAAACAGGGAGUUUUCCUGGUGGGAAAUGAGGAAUUUUCCUGGUUGGAAAUGAGGAAUUUUCCUGGUUGGAAAUGGGGAAUUUUCCUGGUGGGAAAUGAGGAAUUUUCCUGGUUGGAAAUGGGGAAUUUUCCUGGCUGGGAAUGGAGGAUUUUCUGGUGGAAAAUGGGGAAUUUUCUGGUUGGAAACAGGGAGUUUUCCUGUUGGGAAAUGGGGAAUUUUCCUGGUUGGAAAUGUGGAUUUCCCUGGUAGGAAACUGGGAAUUUUCCAGGUAGAAAAUGGGGAAUUUUCCUGGUUUAAAAUGGGAAUCUUCCUGCUGGGAAAUGGGGAAUUUCCAUGGUGGGAAAUGAGGAAUUUUCCUGGUUGUAAAUGGGGAAUUUCCCUGGUGGGAAAUGGGAAUUUCCAGGUGGGAAUUUUCCCUGGUGGGAAAUGAGGAAUUUUCCUGGUAGGAAAUGGGGAUUUUCCUGCUGGGAAAUGGGGAACUUUCCUCGUUGGAAAUGGGAAAUUUCCGUGGUGGGAAAUGAGGGAAAUUUCCGUGGUGGGAAAUGAGGGAAAUUCCCGUGGUGGGAAAUGAGAAUUUCCGUGGUAGAAAAAUGGGGAAUUUUCCUGGUUGGAAAUGGGGAAUUUUCCAGGUGUGAAAUGAGGAAUUUCUGUGCUUUUCCCAAAA